AGCGGAUCAUCGGACAUCACUGCGCCAAACAGGGCGGCGAUGCGAGAGGCUGUGAGUGCCACGUGCUUCGUCUACGACUAUUGUCUUGCGGUCCUUUCUCGGAGUCAUUCGUUUCUUGGUUUCUUCCUAACCGGUUUGUGAAAAUGCCUAUGGCCAAAAGCAAGAAAACAGGCCUGGGGAGAACGAUCAUUAAAGAUCGGUUCAGUGGUUCUCGAAGGAGCACGCAUGGAGAAUCAAUGCUCCACACUGCUGACCUCCAGGAUGGCUAUGAUUGGAACCGGUUGAAGCUGAAAUCUGUCACUGAAAACAAUCAGUUGGAUGAUUUCUUGUCCACUGCUGAGCUUGCAGGAACCGAAUUCACUGCUGAGAAACAAAAUAUUCAGUUUGUUGACAUCAGCACUCAGGUCAGGAUUAUGUCAGAUGAAGAGAAGUUGCAAGUAAAAAAACUUCAUGAUGACAACAGGAAGUUUCUCAGCAUUCCUCGAAGACCAAAGUGGAAUGUAACUACAACACCAGAAGAACUUGAUGCUGCUGAAAGAGAAUCAUUCCUGUCAUGGAGGAGGCAAUUAGCAGAGAUUCAAGAGAUUGAGGGUCUGAUCAUCACCCCCUUUGAGAAGAACCUGGAAUUCUGGCGGCAACUGUGGCGAGUUGUUGAGAGGAGUGAUGUGGUGGUGCAGAUCUUGGAUGCAAGGAAUCCUCUCCUGUUCCACUGUGAGGACCUGGAGGCUGUUGUGAAAGAAGUCAGCCCAGAAAAGGAGAACAUGGUUCUCCUAAAUAAAGCAGAUCUCCUCAGCCUACAGCAAAGGAGAACCUGGGCGAAAUACUUUGCUGAGAGAGGAAUUAAGGCUGUCUUCUACUCGGCCACAGAGCAGAUGGAUAAUAUCCAGCAGAUGGAGCAUGAUGCAAAGAAGUCCUCCACAAAAGAUGCUGAAGAAGAUGAUCCUGAGAUGUACUGGAAAGUUCCACCUGUUACAAAUGAAGAAUCAGGAGAGAGUGAGGAUGAAGUGGAAGUGUGUGCUGAGCAAAAGGAGUUUGUUCCUGAACCAGUGAAAGGUACCACUGAGCAGGAGGAAUGUGUGACUGAGCAAAUUGAAGAUCCUGCUGAGCCCAAGGAAUGCCCAGAAAAACAAGAGAGUUCUACAGUGCCAAGUUUGGGUGAGGAAGGAGAGGCAAAGUGCCUCACGCGUGAAGAGUUGAUGGAGGUCUUCAGGGCAGUUCACACUGGGUCGAAAUUCAAGCCAGGACUCACCACGAUUGGGAUGGUUGGGUAUCCCAAUGUUGGUAAGAGUUCUACCAUAAACAGCCUUCUUCAGUCCAAGAAAGUCUCUGUCUCCACUACCCCAGGGAAAACAAAGCAUUUCCAGACUAUUUUCCUAUCUGAUACCUUGUGCUUGUGUGACUGCCCUGGCCUGGUGAUGCCAAAAUUUGUGUCAACCAAGGCAGAGAUGAUUAUCUCGGGGAUUCUUCCCAUUGACCAGAUGAGGGACCAUGUUCCCCCCAUCGCCCUUGUCUGUUCCUUAUUCCCACGGCAUGUUCUGGAGGACAUGUAUGGCAUUGUCCUCCCUCAAGCAAAGGAAGGAGAGGACCCUGGGCGACCACCAACAGUCGAAGAACUCCUCAAUGCAUAUGGAUAUAUGCGGGGGUUCAUGACGCCUCGAGGCCUACCAGAUCAUCCACGCUCAGCAAGAUACAUCUUGAAGGAUGUGGUCAAUGGCCGACUCCUUUAUAACUGGGCUCCUUCAGGUGUAGACCAAGUGGUAUAUCAUACAUUUCCUCCUCCAAAGAGGAAGGACUAUCAUCUUCCCAUGGGGAGACAGCAGCAACGUAUCCACCGAUCUGAGGGUCCAACAGUGUUAGACUUGGAUCAAGAAUUUUUUUCCAAGCUGAAUACAAAAGCUCACACAAAGGGGAAUGUUGGUGUGGUUGGGCAUUCUCAAUCUGGGGGUCUCUCUAAGCAUUCCUCAGUUACUACCAUCAGUGAUGGAGGAACCACAAAGCCAUGGAAGAAGCAUCACAAUAAGAAGAAGAAAGAGAAGCUUCGACGUGUUUAUGCCCACCUGGAUGACUAAUGUUUUUAGUGGCAGGUCUUCUUCUUGUCCUCCCAACUGUGAUUGGAGAGAGUCUAUUCUGUCCUCUCUUGAAGCUUGAUGUCAGAAAAUGAGAUCUUUCUGUGAAAUGAAUUGGAGUAACUGGAAACCUUUAAGGUCCUGAGAGAGAUCCUUUAGUAGCCGUGUUAUUGAAUGGCAGUGGUAUUCAUGGUUUCAGGUGACUUGCCACCUUUGUUGUUACUGUUGCAAAAUCACUGAAGGAGCAUAUGAAUUUUUUUUUCCCAAGAAAUAUCCAUUGCUGGGAACCUUUUUGAUUCACCCCUUCAAGGAAUGGAGAUCCAUUUGAAGCAAAUACAAAGAAAAGCAUUUAAAAAAAUGAAAUGAAAUGAGAAUAAGUGAGGAGUAAAUAUAAAGAAAAAUUAGAAAUAUAACUAGAACUAGAGGAGGGUCUAUAGACAGAGGUAGAGCUUCACAGAUUGCAAGAAGAUGUAGGGAAGGAAAGGCCUGAGGAUCUAUGGAAUUUAAUAAAUAUAGGAGGUUUCUGUUCAUUUUGUAGAUGGGGUUGUCCCCUUUCACCUUUUUGAUAGGAAGGGUAUGGAGGUGAAUAUAAUGGCAUUAUUGCAGUUCACUCAUGCUGGUUCCUCAUAGGUAAUUCUCACAUGGCCUAUGUUUUUUGCAAGUGUGGGCUUCAUAAGAAUACAAUGAACCACUUUUAAGAAUAUCAACAAAUGCAUAAAAGGCAAAUUUUUAACAUUUUCUAUUUAAAAAAUCAUUUACUGGUUUUUUUCUUUCAAACUUGAAAAUAAUUAAAUCCAACUUUUCCACUGGAGACCUGAAACUCUCAGCUUCUAAGUGUAAUGUCAAAUAUUCCUCAGUUCUUAGUUUGAAGUCUCAAAUAAAUUCUUGGCCUUUGGAAAAACUUAAGAAAUGCAUAUUCACCCCAAUCUUCAACAAUGUAUGCUUCCCAUAUUAGAAGUAGAUGACGGUGGUGCAGUUUUCCUCUAUGUAGGGGUGGAUAAAGCAGGUCCCACUGGAACUCUUGGGAAAACCAGGAUUAGGUUGCUCAGUGGCUAUGUGGCAAAAAAGGAUAUCUUUUUAAAUAUAAUUUUUUACAUAUUUUUGUGGUAUUUGUGACUUUUCUGCCUCUGAUAUUGUCUUUUUUUUUCAGUAAACUUCCCAGUUCAGGGUGACAUCAUUCUGUUAGUUGUCACUUCUUUACUCCUCCCAGUAUUCAUAUGAAUCCUAUUUUCUGGAAAUGUUUUGGUUUGUGGACCUAUUCCAUCUACAGUACUUUUCAUUGUUUUUUUUGUUGAUGUUUGCUC